UCCUUAACCCCCAACUGACUACCAAUUCUCAUCAUCCCCAAACCGCUAUUUCCUCUUCAUUUCCCACAUUUGCAUUUCUAAAUUGAAUCAAUCCUCUUGAGCUGCGUCGUCCUAACUAUCAUGACCUCCGCGCCCUCAUCGUCGUCAGAUUACCGCCGGCGGGUGCCUCACGGGGACAUCGAUCAUGAUGACUACAAUUGGAGCCUCAGUAAUGUUUCAAAAUUGUUAUCUCUGAGAGAGAUGACGCCUCAAACAACGAGAGCACCCAAAAGUCUUUGGGGAAAGGAAUUCUAUUUCUGUCCAUAUUCCUAUGGACUGAAACGUGAUCAGCCAAAAGAUGCAAGACAAGAGAUUCGCAUGUGGGUAGAAGCAGAGUCAUUACUACAUUUAUCAGGCAUGUAUUGCCAGAUCGAACCUCAACCAAAAGCAACAUUGGCAAUAGACUUCAGUCCUGAUGGAAAGAUGCUUGCUUCUACUCAUUCAGACUUUAGUGUGAGGAUAUUUGAUUGUCAAACUGGAAGAUGCUUAAAGGUACUCACAGGGCAUAAAAGUGUAUCUUGGACGGUUAAAUUCCAUCCAAUUGAUCCUAAAGUUCUUGCAAGUGGAAGUUUAGACAGUGUAGUACACCUGUGGCAUGCAAAUACUACAACCCCUGUCAGAUCGUAUAUUUUUGAUGAUCCUAUCGAUUCAAUCACCUUCCAUCCCCAAGGGGAAAUAUUGGCAGUAGCCUCCGGAAAUAAGAUUAAUAUAUGGAAAUACAAUGAUAUAGAGCAGAAUCCUAGAUCUAUCCUCCGUACUAGUCAUGUUCUCCUUGCAGUGCAGUUUCAUCCGUGUGGUGCACAGCUUCUUCUGACGGCUGAAAAGAGCAUCCGGAGUAAUAAGAAAUCUGCAACAUUACCGGGAUUCUCUCGUUACCCCCCUCCAACUCUACAUUUUUCGGAUGAAAACUCUGCUUAUCGGUCUAAUUCAUACAAUGGAUCGCCAAUCAUGUCUCUACCAUUUCUAGUGUGGCCGUCGAUUACCAGAAGUGAUGCCAGCUCAGUUUCCGAAAGGGUGGAUCCCAGCACCAGCUCUUCUGUUUCAGCGCAGAUUGGGGAGUCAUCGGCAUCCAGGAGACUUCUUACAUAUACAACACCGCCUGGUGAAUUUGAACUCAGAUUAUCUUCGUUUCAAUCUCCUGGUAGAGAAGAGCCACAAAUGAACACUUCCACCAGUGAGAUGGGAAAUGAUGCUUCUCAACCAGUUGCUGAACCUAUGGAGAUUGAAACUGAAGGUGAUGGCAGACAUCAAUCUCUUCCAUUUGGUGACCCAUCAUAUUGGGAACUUCCAAUUUUACAAGGAUGGUUGAUUGGUCAAGGUCAAACAAUGCCUGUCACAUCAUCAGCUCCUUCACCAUUUGAAUAUGUUGAAAGUUCAGGAGAUGCUCGAAGAUAUCGAUCACCAUACCGAUCUUCACACCGUUCGAGUGAAAGCCCUCAAUCCAAUACUGGUGCUUCUCCUUCUCCAUCUCCACCUCAGCAGGGUAAUUCACCACCUUUACUAAAUGCACCUCAAUCUGCGGCAGCUGCUACUAGCCAGGUUGGAAGUCCAGAUUCGCACCGUUCGAGUAUAGAACCUCAACCCAAUAUUCGUGCUUCUCCAUCUCCACCUCAGCGGGGUAAUUUACCACCUUUACUUAAUGCACCUCAAUCUGCGGCAGCUGCUACUAGCCAGGUUGGAAGUCCAGAUUUUCCUGACACGACGGUGCUUAAAAUAUGGAACUAUGAAAUAGAAUCUCCAUUCACACUUCUUGGUCCAUGGAGUUGCCGCUUAAAAAUUCCCCAUGCUGUGCUUUGUAGUGAAAGAGGUGCUCAUUUUUCUCCAUGCGGAAGAUUUUUAGCAGUUUGUGUAAAAUGUGUCGAGCCAUCGGUGAGUCCUCUUGAUGUUACUGGCGCUGCAACUCGACCAACUAAAUGUUCUAGAUUUACAGUCGAGGACAUUACUUAUGAAUUAAAGAUAUAUUCUCUUGAUGAGGCUACCUUCGGUUUAGUUUUAAACACUCGUCCGAUCAAGGCCGCUGCAUACUUAAUUUCAAUACAGUUCUCGCCUACCUCAGAACAUUUGUUGCUAGUUUAUGGUCAGCAACAUAGGACACUUCUCAAAAGCGCUCUGAGUAACGGAGGCAAGUCAGUAUUGAUUUAUACAAAUCUAGAGAUAUAUAGAGUUUGUGAUAUGGAACUUAUUAAGAUUCUUGCCAAUGCGGAAGAAGUGGUAAACUCAGCAUGUUUCCAUCCUUCAGUUGGUGGAGGCUUUGCUUAUGGAACCAAUAAUGGAAAGUUGCGGAUUCUGAAAAGUGACAUAUCGCAUGGCUUUCGAAAUGAUGAACCAGAGGUUCCUGAAGGCAUAUUCGAGGCUUAGAGAGUGAUUGGCCUCAGAAGGGUGGUCAUUGUCAAUUGAAGAUGUCAGCAGCAACAUGACUGAGCUUUGACACUGUUGUUGCUCAUAAAUCGACAAAUGCGUUGGAUGAUGCUGUAAACAGAUAUUGGGACUGAUGGAUCUGCAAUUUCUAGUUGGUUUAGUGUGUGGAUGUGAGUGAAGAUUACAUAGGGCGUAAGGAUAGGUAGGUAUCCAUCCGUCCGAUCCGAUAAUUGCUUGGCAUGGCAUGCAUUUUCUUCUUCUGUUUGAUGGAUUGAAGAUUGAAAAUUGAUUGAUUGACCUUGUACAUACAACACUGCAUUCAAAUGAUAAAAGCAAGCAGUUAGUUAGUUCCUUAGCUUCUUCAUUUAUAGUUAUAGAUAUAGGUGUUGGUGUUUCCAUUCCAGCCCAACACUCAGGA